GAAUGGUUGUGCUCACAUAAACUUCCGGUAGGGUGUGCGCUUGAAGCGAAGUCUCUAUCGCGAAUUAAAAAGCUCAUAGUCCUUUUAUUUCUUUUUUUUUUAUUUUUUUGUUACCACUCCUUUCUACACGAAAAAACAAAAUGUCCAAGUCUUUGAAGAAGAUAGUGGAAGAGAGUCGGGAUAAGAACCUUCCAGAGAUAGAGAUGUGUGAUAGGGGUAUUUCGAACAUGCUGGACAUCCCAGGACUGUUCACUCUGGCUAACAUCACUCAGCUGGUCCUCAGCCACAACAAGCUCACAGCUGUACCUGCUAACAUCUCUGAACUGAAGAACCUGGAAGUUCUAAACAUGUUCAACAACCAGAUCGAAGAGCUGCCUACUCAGAUCAGCAGCCUUCAAAAGCUGAAACACCUCAAUCUUGGGAUGAACCGCAUGAGCAGCUUGCCCCGAGGAUUUGGGUCAUUGCCUGCUCUGGAGGUGUUGGACCUCACCUAUAACAACCUGAACCAGAACUCUCUGCCUGGAAACUUCUUCUACCUCACGACUCUUCGAGCUCUUUAUUUGAGUGACAAUGACUUUGAGGUCCUUCCAGCUGACAUUGGGAAACUGACCAAGCUGCAAAUAUUGAGUCUUAGAGAUAAUGAUCUCAUCUCGCUGCCUAAGGAGAUUGGGGAUUUGGCUCAUCUCAAAGAGCUUCACAUCCAGGGCAACAGACUGACCGUUCUGCCCCCUGAACUUGGUAAUCUGGAUCUGACUGGUCCUAAGCAGGUGUUUAAAGCAGAAAAUAAUCCUUGGGUUACUCCCAUUGCAGACCAGUUCCAGCUAGGAGUCUCCCAUGUUUUUGAAUAUGUUCGUUCAGAGACCUAUAAAUAUCUUUAUGGCAGACACAUGCAGGCCAACCCAGAACCCCCGAAAAAGAGCAACGACAAGAGUAAGAAAAUCAGCCGCAAACCACUGGCUGCCAAAAACAAGUGAAGAGAAAAUAAGAGGGUGGAACGCAACACUUAUUUAGCAGCCAUAUCCACUGCUUGUGCCUUUUAGGUUUCAUUUGUUAAAAAAGAUUGUAUUUAAUUGAAAUAUAUGAAGAGUGUUUCUGUAUACAGUAUUUUAUUUGGACUCACUCCAGAUGUUUUUAAGUUCUUAACUGUCUGAGUCCUUUGUGUUUGUGAUCUGUACUUACAGGGACUGGACAUGGAUGUUACAAUUAAUAAAACCAACCAGGUUGAUUUACGCAAAGUUAACAUUUUACUGUAAUGUAAUCUUUAAAAAAAACAUCAUUUGCUGUAGGCCAAAAGAAAACACAGAAUUUGGGCCAGUCUGUUUUUCUGUGAAAAGAGCUCAGUUCAGAUAGACAGGGUCUCACUACUCUGUUACUGUCAAAUCUUGCCAUUUAAUUAGUAUAAUUUAGUGUAAUAUUAAGGUACUUAUCUUAUUCAACAAGCAUAAAAUGCAUUAACAGGUUAUUAAGAUGUUAUUUCAGAUAAUUGCAAGUUGUUUAAACAUCUAUUUCAUUGCAUUUGUUUGCAUUUGUGCCUAAAGCUAAGGAAGCAGGUUUAGCCAUAUACAGUAUAUAAAAUGUAGGCAUAUCUACCCUGACAUUGCCUAUUGUUUAGCUAUGUCCUGUUCUGAAGCAUCAGUUGUUUUCAUUUGGUUUUUUUUUGUUGUUGUUGUUUUGUUUUUUGCUGUAGCUAUCUUGGUCUUUUGAGACCUGGCAUGACCAGCAAAGGGCACAUCUAACAAAGAAACCGAGGGACACUGCAUGCUCAUAUGGUAGCAAUCACAACAUAUGCCUGCCCUAAAUCAUGCCCUGAUUUAUCAUCCUUUUGACUUUAUUAGGGACCAAAAUUUACAAAAUGAACACUAUAUUUUAUUCAUUUAGUCUUGAAAUUAGCGAUUGAGACUGUAAACUGUUAAGGGAUGUGUUUACUGAGGAAAUAGAUCAAGUCACUGGAAGGGUCAUUUUACAGUAGACUACGAUCUGCUGUCCAUUAGAAAGAAAACAGAUUUAGGGUACAUUCACACUAGCUUUACUUUUCAGCCUUGGAAGCGUCGUCUGUCUUUUGUGUAGAAUCUAUGGUGAAAUCUGCCAUUGACUGUAUUCAUUCCACUAUAAAAUUAACAUGAAUUAUUGUCUGAAUUUCUUUUUGUUCUUUCAGUUUGACAUUCUGUUAUUUUUCAGUGCCAAACAUUUCACCAUGUUUCAGAAUGUGUGAAUGUAAUCCAUGUUUUAGUCUCAUCACGCUUUUAUCCCAGGUCAACACAUGCUGAUCAUUAAUCGUACUCACUGCAUUUCAGCAUUUCAAAUAAAAAACAAAAACAAA